GAACCUUCCUGGCCCGCGUGUGAUUUUACGAACCGCCUCUGUUCUAUAUUAAUGGACCCCAACGCAGUAGUUGGUAAUUGUUCAUGAAAUACUUCGGGAAAUCUCCUUUCCGGUUACACAUGAAUCGCCCUGAGGUAGAGAGAGUUGGAAAUUCGAGUCUGCAGGUGGGUUCUGCCAAUAUCGAUUAUGGAAGAAAUAGACCAGUGUCAUGUCGCGAAAUCUUUGGUCCGAAUGGAGUUAGGAAUGCUGUGUUUGUACUACUGUUGUGUUUUGCUGUCUCAGCGGAACCCUUAUUCUUAUUCACUCCUACAGUCGACAAAGACAUGAAGUGUAUCAAGAUUGACAAGUUGGCGGUAGUGGCUCUUAGUUUGCGAUUCCUCACAGACUUCUAUCUCCUUUCUGCCAUUAUCGUUCAGCUGGUACCUACACGUGAGGUUGCGACACCUCAGGCCGGUCCAAAUGUGGGGAGGAGGGGAUCGGCUAAGGAAACUCUGGGGCGAUGCAAUUUAAUUGUUAAUAUUUUCGCUGUUGCUCCUAUUCCAUACGUCGUUAUUCCCUUUUUCGCAAAAAUGCUAAGGCACUCAAAGAUGUUUCUGAACUUUCUUGUUGUGCCGCAAUACAUAGUCCGGUUUAUACAAUUUAAUUGGUUUAGUCAGAAACUCGAGAAGGAUAUAACCAAAGACGCUCCUGAAAUAUGGACUCAAACUGUUUUCAAACUCGGGGUUAGAAGUGCUUUCAUAUUGUUUAAGUCCUUCCAUGCUUGUGUGGUAUUCGGAGCUUUUUGGUACUUUUUUGCAAUUCAACUGGAAACAGUUUGCUGGCAAUAUGCUUGUCGAAGUGAAAAUGGUUGUGAACUUGGAGGUUUUAAUUGUAAGGACGAGGAUACUUUCGGAAAUGUCACGCUUCUGAAUAAUAUAUGCCGCCCUGCAAAUCCACCAACUGAAACGUCGUUUAAUUUCGGUAUAUUUCUUGAUGCCAUUCAAUCUGGUAUUUUGAGCUCAACAGAUUUUCCACGGAAAUUCUUGCACUGUUUUUUGUGGGGCUUACAAAAUCUAAGUUCUAAGGGGACUAAUCUCCAGACUAGCAGUAAUGCAUGGGAAACCCUCUUUGCUCUUUCUGUUUGUCUUCUCGGCUGGGUAUUAGCUUCUCUAUAUAUCUUUACUGUUGCGCAGGGGAUAAUUGAAUUAUCAAGGAAGAAUGGAAAGUUGACCGAAAUGAAGAAGAAGAUAAGUCCACUGAUAGAAGAUUGGUUAAAGGAGAAUGACCUCCCUUUGGCUUUGAAAGAGAAGAUCGUGACAUCUGCAUUAGGCAACAAAUUGAGAGCGGAUGAAGUUAUCAAUAUCAUAAAUAUCCACAACAUUCUACCCCGGAAAGAUUUAAUGGAUAUCAAGCGCCGUCUCUGCCUAAAUACACUAAACAAAGUUCCGAUGCUUCAAAAUGUGAGUGAGGCACAAUUUGAAGUAUUCUGCGAGUAUCUUAAGCCGGUGAUUUAUAAGGCGAGCACCUUUAUUACUCGAGAGGGGGAACAAUUUGAUAAGAUUUUAUUCAUCACGCAAGGAGAAGUGAGGACCUACACAACUUCAGUUGCUGAUGGACGGGGUUCUUCAAGCACUGGCAAUACUCUUGGUGAUGACUUUCAGAAAGGUGAUUUUUGUGGACAAGAACUUCUCCAAGCUUGUGAAUCAACUGGAAGGACCAUCUCUCACUCGACCAAAAAUGUUUGGUGCAGCACAAAAGUUGAAGGAUUUACGCUUACGAUCGAGGACAUGAAAAAAGGCAUAGGAGAAAUGGGAGAGAAUUGAAAGUACAAAUUGUUUUCAAUUCUUAAGCAAAUUCGUAAAACCUUUCUGAUUUUGAUUGAAUUUUAAGUUAAAUAAUUUUUAAAAAUUA